AUGGCCGGUGGAGGCUCUACAGGAGUAAUAGGAAGCGAUAGUUCAGGUUCUGCAGAGGCACCAGAAAAUGAAGCAGUUGACAUGAUGUGCUACACUGACUGGAUGACUCUGGUUGAGAAAGAUGACGGCAGAGCAGAUGAAUUAUGGGUUCUAACAGAUGAAGACCUCUGGCUGGCAGGGAAGACGCUAAAAGUGAGUUUCUUAGACGACAGGAUUCCAGCGUGGCCUAAUGAUGGACGUGGUCAUAUCACUGAAGAAGAGAUCCUCAAGAUAGCCAAUGAGUGGCAUCAAUGUGGGGUCGAGCAAGGCAAAGAUGUUGUGCCAGAGUUUGUGCCAUGUGGUGCAGAUGACAUCGCUGACAUCAGAGUGAAGUUUAUUGAUAAUUGCCCUUCCUUCUACAAGCGCAUCAUUCGACAUGAGUUUGGGCAUGCUCUCGGUCUGAAACAUGAGCAUCAGCACCCCGAUGCCCCGCCGCUGACCGACCCUGGAAAGCUCAGGGAGCAUUUAAGGCAGUGUUAUCCUGGUUUCACCUCUGAACAGGUUGAGAAGAAAAUUCGUGUGCAGUGGGCAGCGCUUGCCGGGGGAGCCUCUCAGAAGAGCAAAUACGACAAGGAGAGCGUUAUGCACUAUCUACACGGGGUGUGCACUGACAGAGAUAAUGGGCCAGGGGGUUCUAUUGUUGACGAUAGUGGAGAAAAUGACUUUGUUGGAUUCCCAGAACCAAAGCUGGUUGAUCUGAUCAAUAUAGUUGGUGUUAGAGUAAAGGUGAAGUGGAGAGACAUAGGACUUGGGCUUGGUUUCAAGGGUUGGGAACUAAAUGGGAUUUACGCCACAAAGUGUAGAGAACUGGACCCCUCCUCAAGAGUGUAUGACAGAGGUUUUUAUGCCAGUGAAGUCUGUUUUGAAAAGUGGAAUACUCGUGGAGGAAACUGGCAGAAGUUCUUGUACUGCCAGCGGUUAAUGAAAUUGAACUACUUGGGUCAUCUGUACAAGAGAACUUACUAAUAAAGUAGAACUCUUAUAUAAUAUACUUGGGACUUAUGCGAAAUGCAGAGAGGACGGUGUAUUUGAGUGGCGUAUCAUGUCCAAUUUUAUUGUAGCCAGA